AUGCAAAACAGCGGCAGCAGCAGUCGACUGCGCCGUUGUUUCUCCCCCACCGUCCUCACUCGUCCCGUGGUGUUGUUGUUGUUGUUGUUGUUCGUAUUUUUCGUCUCCAUACAACAAACGAACGCGCAAUGGCACACGUCUGGGAAAAAAGCCGCUCCGUUUAAAGCGAGGAAAAGCGAAGACCGAUCGGGAAAGUUGGAAAACAUCGCGUUCGUGUGCGCGGGAUUCCCGUGGAUGUACGGUCCGUAUCAGAUGCAAGGCGAUCAACUCAUGAAAAGGUUGAACGAAAAGUAUAAUUUUAACACGUAUUGGAUGAUGCGAGGGAAUAACGUGCACAAUAUACCACCGGGAGUGUAUACGGGGAGAGAAAUCUCCAAUUUGACACCACCACAAGUGCCGAAAAUGCCGCACGACUGGGACGCUUCACAUUUAAAGUUUCUCGGGUUACCAGCGAGGACGAAAGUGACGAGCGUGAUUGCUCGCGUAAAUGGUGCCGCUGCAUCCAUGUCCGAAGUGAACGACGCGUCCAAAUUAUACGGUAUCGAUGCGUUUAUCGUCUUAGGCGACAUCAACGUCGUCUACCACGACUCGUACGAUUUUAAAGUACCGACCAUCGCCUGGGUGCCGUUCCAUUACAAUACCGUCAGGGGAUCGAAUAAAGCUCUGCUGAAAUCGUACACGUAUGCGGUUGGAUUAUCGCCAUCGACGACGAAAGUCAUCGCGGACGUGCGAUCGGACGUGGCGUAUAUUCCGCAUUUCAUAGACGCGAACGUUCUGGAAUCCGCCGCGGAGACUUGGUUAAAGAAAGAACGCAGAUUAAAAGGGAAUAAGAAUAAAUCGGACCGAGAAAUUGUAUUUGACGCGAACAAAUACGAUAAGAUGUUUAAAAGACGUCCGUCGUCGUUUAGUGCGGUAGAAACCAGUCAAGAUGGUGAUGACGACGAUGUGUUUUUAGUGCUCGCCUCGGGGACGAAUUACGAAGGCGCCGAUAGGAAAGGGUGGGAUGUCGCCAUCCAAGCGUUCGCAAAAUUUCACGAGACACACCCAGAAAUCAAGAAACAUUUAUGGGUGCAUUCGUUCUCGUCUACGCAAGUCAUGCGCGACCACGAUGGGAACGGAAAUAAAGCGCCUCCCGAGUUGGCACCGCAAGGCGUCGAUUUGCGAGGACUGGUCCAGGAAAUGGAUUUGCCACCGGACAUUUAUACGGUCGACAUCGACUUGCACCCACGAGGACGAGUUGCGGCGAUGAAAGUUCACGCGGAUGUGUGCUUACACCCUUCAAAAGUUGAGGGUUUCGGGAUGAACGUGUUGGAGUGUCAAUCGGUGGGGACGCCAGUCGUGACGACAAAGUUUCGAGCGAUGGAAGAUUUCACGCGAAACGGCAUCUCUGUGCCCCCUGCGCAAUGGGAACACUUGGCCGCUUUAGGUGGAAAGUGGGUUAUGCCUGACGUGAAAGGCGUUGCAAAGGCAUUAGCUGAGAUUGGUAAGAAGCGGAAAACCGCGGAAUGGAAGAAAAAGAGCAAAGAUGCCGUAGAGUGGAUUAAGGAAGAGUUCUCGCUCGAUCGCGUCGCCGCCGGAUUCGACGGCGUGUUGAAAUUAGCUUUGGAAACGCACACGAAUAACCUUCCAUUCAUGCUCUCGAAGAUGAAAGAAGCGCCAUCGUUCGCGGAGAGACCCAUCUUUCACGUCACCACAGAUGUGCACCCGAAACAGGCAGAUUGGGACGAAGAGUGGAUGUUGUACCACCGACCGGAUGUGCGCGUGGAUUACGAGAUGGUGCAAGAAAUGCUUCACGAUUUGACGACGAAAGAAGGCGAAAUGGUGUCGUUGGCGUUUAUCGUGUGCAAAGACGUACGUGGAAUACCGAUUGAGUUCCAAGUUGAAGAGCGCGAUUACGAUGGCGUCCAUCGGUUCAACACGGAGCACCCAAUUUUACUCCCGACGUGGGCGUUUGCGCAAGCGCAACAAAAUUUCCCGUACAUCCAUAACACCGCGUGGAUGUUAGCGGGAAACUCGGACCAACAAUUUAUUAAGAUGUUCCCACCGGGUGCGGCGCAAGUCAUGAAUCCUAUCGAGAUUAAAACGUAUAGCGACGAGCUUUAG